GUCCUGGGGUCGAUUUGAUUCGACUGAAGGCGGUGCUCCAGCAUGGCCGCAGUCAAAUGACUGAAACAAGUAAAAGAGUAAAGAGAGUAAUUAUGCACCAUCUGGCAACCCUUCAAAGUACACGAACCAAUAAGGGAGACUAAUCUCGUUACUCGGUCUGAUAGAAUUAGUUGCCGAACCUCUUCCAAUUCACUUUCUCCCAUUAAGAACAUGUUUGGAUAACAUAAUCUUAGCAAAACUCUCCUUAUAGAGACAGGAUGCUCAUGGUUAGAUUGUCUUGCUAACAUGUCUGUUCGACUAGAGCAGGUCUGAUCUGGUUUAGCUAAAUAACAUCAGCGUCACCUGGCCUGCUAGAAAUAGCAGCCAAAUCUCUCUUAAUUAAAUCCUAGUGCCCUAAAAAAUAAUGGACACAUCCGAUAGUGUAGUCUAUGGAAUACUUUGCCUUGGGGGGAAAAAAACACGAUGGUCACGGCUGGAACGACGAUCAGACAACAAUUUAAUUUAACCUAACACAUUUAUUAUUACCCAUCUGAAAUAUACAAGGGUCAUUAAUAAAGAAUUAAAAAAAACACAACUAUCUCGCACUACCUAUAUUCUUCUCCCUAGCACUCUUCUCCUAAAUUCAUCGUAUUGUGUUUCUCUCACCUACCGCUUACCUGUUGUUAUUUAUAUUCAAACAGUAAAUGCAUUGUUACUCAAUUUGAUCUUUCUGAACUAAAAAUAUGAGUAACAGGCAAGAAUUUUACCUUUUUAGAUUAAGGAAAUAAUAUAAAGAAGGACAAAUGAAAAAGGAAAUCAACAUUAAAACUCAUGUAGCACCGUUUCAAACCGAGGCUUUUUUUUUUCAUCUUCAGAGUGACUCGCAGACUUGAAAAUCACAUUCAUUACAUUGCCUUAUUAUUUCUACAAUAUUAUAUAUUACAUCGAUCUUUCUGUUUGGUGAGCGAGAGAAUAUAUCUAUAUAUAAAUAUUUGAUUAUAUUUAGACGUCUCACGUAAGUAAACAAGACAUCAACAAUGACUGCAUUGGCCAACAACCGUUUAUGUUGCCUGCGAUCGCUUCUUCAACGUUCGACAUGGUCUACGAGACAACACGUUACCCCUCAGUUCUGCUUCAAACAGUAUUCCAGUUCUUUUUCCAGGUUUCGAUCGUCAUUCCGUGAAGAACAAACACCACGAAACCUAAAGAAUAUUUUCAAAAGUCUACUUCUUCGACUAGGAGCCGGCAGCGCGGCUGUUCUCCUCGUCGGUAGUUACUUGUACGACGGCGGGGGUGGCAACAGGCAAACACUAUCUACUGUUGCAGAAUGCCGGCAACCCCCAGUGCCACAGCGACUCGUGAAGCUACCCACAUCAGAAAAACUUACAUUAGAAGAAGCUAUAGUCGUAGCUAAAGAUCUCGCCGAAUGCAAAAAGGCUGAAUGUAGUGCCCCUGGCUUGGUUAUUGCAGUCAGCAUUGAUGGAGAACUUGUCUGGAGCGAAGGGUUCGGCUAUGCUGACCUGGAGAAUCGAAUUCCAUACACCCCAUCCACCGUGACCAGGAUUGCCAGCAUUAGUAAAUCCAUCACCAUGGCAGCAGUAGCCAAAAUGUGGGAGAAUGGACUGCUUGAUCUUAACAAACCAGUCCAGCACUAUGUACCAUCCUUCCCUGAGAAAGAAGUAGAUGGGGAAAAGGUGACACUAACUGUCCGUCAUUUGCUGUCUCACAUGGGUGGUAUUCGUCACUACAACAGGACGUAUAUAGAUAAGGAUGCUGAUAAAAAUAGUAACGAUAAUUCUAAGGAUGAUUCAAAGAGUGCCGAUAACACCACCACCAAGAACAACAACAACAAUGCCUCUACCAACAACAACAACAACACUAACAACAACAACAACAGCAAGGAACUUGUUAAACUAUCUGAAUCUUCAAACAACAGCGACUACAAAAUGGAGGAAAUGUAUCUGAAAAAGUCCUUCAAAAAUGUUGACGAAGCCCUAACGCUCUUCAAAGACGAUCCUCUUGUUCACAAACCAGGCAGUAAGUUUCUGUAUACAACACACGGCUGGACAUUGGUGAGUGCUGUCUUGGAGAAAUCUUCAAAUAUAUCUUUAACAAAGAUGAUGCCCUCAGUGUUCAGAGAGCUCGGACUUCACAACACCUACCUGGACAGGAAUAAACCCAUCAUAUAUAACAGAUCCAGGUUCUACAGUGUUUCAAAGAAUGGACAAGUGGUUAAUGCUCCCUACGUUGACAAUUCUUACAAGUGGGCUGGUGGUGGAUUCCUUUCAACUGCUGAGGACUUGAUAAAAUUUGGAAAUGCAAUGCUGUACAGCUUCCAAUUUGAUGAUAAUGUAUCACCUUUGAGUACAAAAACAGGACAAGGUAUGCAAAACAAAGAGAACAACAAUGAAGCCAGGUUGAAGGGCUAUCUAAAGCGCAAAACAAUGUUGGAUCUGUGGAAACCUGUUGAAGGGGCCAAAGUCUCUGAAGCUAAUGAUAUUUACUAUGGACUUGGGUGGGAGCUAAUUCCUUUCAAACAUGAGCAUGCUUAUUGCUUGAAGAACCGUUUCUAUGCUUUCCAUACUGGGAAUGCUGUUGGUGCUAGUAGCAUUUUGCUUAUGUUACCUCGAGAUUCAUUGCAGCCAGAGGCUAAUCCUCCCAAAGGAGUGGUUGUGACUGCCAUCUGCAAUAUUGGUGAUAUUAGUCUACGUAAAUUGGCCUUGUCUGUAGCUGAUCUGUUUGAUCGGGUAUAGGAGUUUGGUGUUGUUACUGACUGACUGGACGAAAGACAACGAAAGAGAAAUUGAAGUAAAAAAGAAAGAAGAAAUGAUAAAGAAAUAAAGAAAAAUAAAGAAAAUUUGGAAGAUUGAAAGAAAAAAUGAUAAUGAAAUAAAGAAAAAUUUGGAAGAAUGAAAGAAAAAAUGAUAAUGAAAUAAAGAAAAAUGAUAGAGAAAAAUUUGGAAGAAUGAAAGAAAAUGAUAAAGAAAUAAAGAAAAGUGAUAAAGAAAAUUUGGAAGAUUGAAAGAAAAAAUGAUAAUGAAAUAAAGAAAAAUGAUAAAGAAAAUUUGGAAGGAUGAAAGAAAAAUAAAGAAAGAAAUAAUGAAUGAAAGAAAUAAAAACAAAAUUAAUAGUGAAAAAACAAUAACAGCAUUUGAUCUCAUUUUCAUUAAGAAUUAUGACCAUAUUGUAAAUGUGGUGAUAGGAGUAAAUGUAGAUUAUUGUUUUAUUAUAAUGUAAUAACACUGUGGAAGUGAUGUUUCAGUUGAAUCUUGUUAUAUCCCUGGUAUUGAUCUUUGUUAUAUUGUUUUUCUCUGUUGCACCUGAGAAGGGACCAGCAUGGCGACCCUAUUGAAUUUGAAUCACUUUAAAAAUUUAUUUUUUUAAUAAAGUUAGUCAUUCCUGACCAAAUAUACUCCA